CGGGGGACGGGAACAUCGCAGUGAAGGGGAGGGACAUCCCACCAGAGACAGGGAUGUCGCAUGGGAGUAGGGAACGUCGCAUUAGGAGGAUGGGAUGUCCCACCAGGGGAGAGGGACAUCGGACUGGGAGAUUGGGGUGUCGCACCAGUAGAGAGGGACAUCGCACCCAGGGACAGGGAAGAAUAUCGCUUCGCGAGGCGACGGGAUCGUCGUAGCGGAGGGACCGGGACAUCCUAUCAGAUGUGCCACAUCGUAUCAGGGGACGGGACAUGGCACUGGGGGGGUUGGGACCCCGCACCGGGGACGGGGAGCACAGGGACCCCUCACCGUCUGUCUCCUCGACGCCCCCGGAGAUGCCGGGCACGGGCCGGUCCCUCCUCCCUUCCCCCGGGGCGGGGAUGACCGGGAUGCUGCGGGUCCCCUCGGGGCCGGUGGCACCGGCAGCACCGGGGCUGGGAGAAGAAACGGGUUUGCGGCGCUCCGUUCUGGCAGCACACGCGUUUUUAACGGGAAAACCUCGCUUCCCCGGUGCGCGCAUCCCUCCCGGCUCCGGGGCCAGGAGGAUUCUCUCCGUUCCUGCGGGAAAAAAAAAGUCUGGAAGCAGCCGGUAGCCCCCGGAGCUGGGUGUCCCCUCGGGGCACAAGGGCGGUGGAGAUGGGGAUGGAGAAGAAGCGCAGGGGCAGAGCGUGGGGUGGAGGUGUCCACCCAGAGGGGACCCUGAGGGUGGCAUCCUCCAAACCUGCUCCCGCCUGAGCUUUGGUCUCCCAGCUUGUCCUCAGAGCCCCCCGAGUGCAUCCUGCUGGGGGCCUGAGCCGUGCCCAGAGGCAGCACUGAGGGGCUCCCAGUGGGAACCCCCCCCCACGCACUGGGUGCUCUCUCUGUCCCCUCCCAUGGCUCCUGCAUUGCGUGCAGGUCUGAAGGAUCUCCUUCCCACAUCCCACUCCCUGCACAACCUCCUUUCUCCGCGGAGAAGCCCCUCUGAGCCCCCAGGCUGCCUCUGCUUGGGAUGCUGAGGGCUGGGUGAGGCUGAGCGUUGCUUUCCGGGAUGGUAUCUAGUAUUUUGGGCGUUAUUUUCCAUCCUCCUUCCCAUUCCCUUGGGUUUUGUUUGUACUCGCUUUGCCUUUGGGACUGCCUGGAGGUUUUUGCCCGCUGAUGGGACCGUGCAGGGGACAGUGUGCCGUGUGGGACCAGAGCAGCUUUCGGAAAGCCUACAGCAGUCAGUUCAUCUCAUAUUUGCAAACCAACCGAGAAACCACCACCCUGCUGAGCUCCUAGUACACCCCUAAGAGACUCAGCGGGGACCAGGGGUGAUGCAAAUACCAGAAAGAGAGGCAAGGGGGGUGGCUGAUCCCACCAAACCCAUUUUUCACACUAAAAGCCCAUUCCUCCUGGAAGAAAGGCCCUGUGUGGUUUGGCCUGCUGAUUCCAGCGCCGCUGGACCAAGGGGAUUUUUCCCCUUUAGCACUUGUUUCUGUGAGGCUGCAGGGAUGAAGACACCGUCGGCGUCUGAGAUGCUCCAACAACACAUCCAGGAGUGGAAGCGUUUCUCCCUGAUCCUCCUUGGAGAGAGAAAUACCUGAGCAAUGGGGAGCUGAGAGCAGCGAGCAAGAAGACCACAAAGAAGCAGAGAAGAAAACUCGUGUGCAUAAAAACAUCGACUUGGGAGACCCGUUAACCACUGACACUGCCUAAACUGGCACGCAAUUUCCUAAAUCAAGAUGGAGAGACUUGAAAUGCCAGGCGAACGCCCUGCUAUUGCCAGCGUCAGCCUUUUGCUACACAUCUGCAACGCUUUCAGCAUCAGCGUGAUGACAGCAGAGAAACUUUUACUGAUGCAAGUUUGGAGCCCCACGAGUCGCUGGCUGCAUUUGUCAAUGCCAACAGCCCCUGGUACCCAAGUGUUGCUCUGCGGGAUGCAGCUCCGCGCUCUGGCUGGGAAGCGAUUAUCAGGGUCAUCGCUCCACCAGGUUGGAGGAAGAGCUGCCCCGAGCCCGGUGGGUGUCCCCUCCACCGGGCAGGGUUCAACAUGCUCUGCGAGGGUCACACUGGCAGAGCUGACACAGGGAUGCUUUAGACAGCCCCAGGCUGUGCUUGGCAGACUGUGACCCCCACAAAAUCCUCUCCCUUUCCCCAGGGAGCUGCAGCAGGAGGAUGCUUCUGUUCCCAGGGCUGGCAGAGCCAGAGAAGCUCGGAGCAGAGUAUUAUUCUUUGCAGAGAGGGAUUAUACCCCCUCCUGCCCGCAGCCACCAGCCCUAUCCCACAGCCCUCUCUGCUGGGGAGGGAGGCUGGGGGUAGCCCCGUGUCCAGCCCCUGAGCACAGCUUUCCUCCAGGAGCAGCUCCUCCAUUAGCCCCUUGCACAUCCCUUCUGCUGGCACCGAGGAUCAGAGCCAUCCCCUCCUCCAGCUCCAGCCAAGGGGGCCGCUCAGCCCCAGCCCCAAACUGGCCCUGAGGGCACCCAGCAAGUCCUCACUGGGGACAGUUGCAAACAUCAGCUCUGCCACACAUUGCUCUCACGGCACCCAAAAAUGAAGGGGCAGAAAUCCCACAAGCCAAGGAAACACCCACAGGGUGGCAAGGGCUCAUCCCCAUCCUCAUCUUCACCUUCAUCCUCCCUGGGAGCCGUGCAGCAGCCUCCCCACGCAAACCUUUCGCACAACUUCUGAGGUCUUGAAAGCUUGUUCACCUCCUUUCAUUAGACUAACAAAUAAUGUGUAACGCGAAACAUCUGUUAACAACAGCCCUUAAUGUUCUCAAGAUGAUAAAACAGGAGGGUAAUUUUAGCCAGCAAGCCUUGACUGAUGGCUUUUCAAACAAUGAACUUACUUUUGGUGCCGCCUGGGGAUGGGAGAGGGACUCGGGCGCUGGCUUUGGCAGGCACUUCUGGGCUGAAAAACUCAGAAAGAGCCACUUCUGUCAUGGCCAGGCUGAGAGGAAGGGUUGUGGCCCCUCCAAGGGCAUCCUCCAGCAUGGGGCAGGCAUGCAUUGCCCAUUCAUCUGCAACCGGUGGGACUGGGUGAUGGGAUGGGGAGAUGUGGUGGCUCCUGGACAUCCUAUUUGCAGAACAGCUCGUGGGGCCCCUUCCUCACCCCCAGGGUGGCUGUGACCCUCCGACCUGCACUGGGGCUGUGUGGGUGCUGAGCAGUGAUGAGGAGAGGCUGCACCAGAGGGGGCAGAGGGAUUAAGAUGAUGUUCCUGCAAAUUGGUUUUAAUUAUUUAAGCGAUGGCAGUUGAAAAAGGAGAGGUGAGGCAGGGAGGGGCAGGAACCUGGUAACAGAGUGGAAAAGGGGAAGGAAUUUGCUUUGGGGACAAGUGGUGGUUGGUUGCCCCAAGCAGCCCUGAGCUGCUCCCAGGGCUUGGGCACCGUCCUGAGACAGAGCCAUCCCGGCUGAUGUUCCCAUGUGGUCCAGCCCGAGGGCUGUGCUGGUUCUGGCUCACAGGGCACAUUCUGACUGUGCUUCUCUGCCUUCCCACAUUCCACUCAUCCCAACCAGAUGGGAAACACAACUUGGGGACGCCUCAAGCCCCUCAGGCUAAACAGGCAGAAGGCUGCCCUGUAACACAACGCUGCUGGAAAAGGGCUGGGAUGUGCCCAUGAGGAUCUGCCUUCCCUGGGACAUCCACGCACGUACAUGGCUCAGCUGCAAUUAAACUCAGCACCAUUAACUCAUGGCCAACCCCCUGUGCCUGACUCAAGGCAACACAGACCUCCUGAGCUGGGUCCACGGGUAGCCAGCUGGGGUCCUCCCACCCCAUAACUCCAGAACCACCAGACCCCUCUCCCCAGCAUAUGCUUUCUGUGGUCCAAAAGUGAUGGAAAUCCCCUGAGCCCCUCUGGCUGGGAGCCUUUCUGCAGUUUCUGGGUGGCCACCUGGGCAGGGAUGGGGGUGUCAGCGCCCCAACUCAGCCCCUGCAGGGAGGGGAGGCUUGGAGAGGUGUCUGAUGGUCAUCUCUGCAACUCACCAAGGAAAGACUCUUCUGCCUUUGUCCCACAGAAGAGGGGACAGCAGGGGUCCCAGCGGCUUGGGGUGGCCCCAGGACCUGCUCAUCCCAGAGCCUGGGGAAAGAAGUUGGGAUGCACCAGGGUACAAGGCUGAGUACAAGGCUCCCUCUCCAUUCCCCAAAACUGCAGCAGCUGAGGGUGUCUGAGCACAGCAUUCCCCAUCCAUGGGAUCCUCCUAGGCUGGCAACCUCCCGCAGGGCCCUUGGUGGGGACAGACCCUGCAUGGCAGAGCUGGGAACAGUGACAUCUAAAAGCAAGGGGGAGGCGAGCUGUCUUGGUCCUUGCAAAGCCAUCACUGCUGGGCUGGGUGGCACUGGGACAGGAGCCACCCUUGCUUGGCGAUGGCUCUUAGGGACUGGACAUCACCUUCACUGUCCCCAGUUCCCUCCCUGGAGGACUUUGAGGGCUGCAGACCCCAACACAAGGGGAUUAUCUCCAUGCAGGGACAACACCCGUGGGGCUGCUGGAGUGAGAUGGUCCCCAGGGGCGAGGGGACAGCACAGAUGGGUCUGAUGCCCAAGACCAGCACUUGCCCGGUGCCCAACGCUGGUGGGUCCCCAGUGCAGCAUCCCUCAGCGGGUAUUGAGAAAGCGCCAAUUAAUCUAGGCGGGAGCUCCCCGCCCCUCACCGCCUCCCGGCCUCCACAUUUGUUUGCACUUUAGUGCAAGGCUGGUGACAGGCGAGGGAUGGAUGAGGAGCCUGAUGUGUCCCAGCUCACCCAGACAGUUUCCAGCCGCUCGCAGGGAGCCCAGCGUAUCCCAGUCAGGAAAAAAAGGGGGCUACAGGGAGGGACCCACUCUGCACCCCCACAGGCUGUCAGAGGGGACAGCCCCAACCUGCUGAGGGAACCCUCCAGCCGGGCUUCCCCUCCCUAACUGGGGACCCCCCAUCCCAUCGUGGCUCUCACCUUGUGUCACUGCCAUGGAACCUGCUGUCCUGAACGUGGGCUGCCUGGGGGAGCUGUGUCCCAGGGAUGGGGCAAACUGGUUCCUCAGGUCUUGCCCAUCCAAAACCAGUAGGAAGAAUGGGAGUGAUGCUUUUCCUAUGGUGCAGGCAAGACAAGAGGCUGAGUUAGGUCAUAGCCCUGCCAAAACUAGCCAGGGAGGGACCCUGGGGUGGUGGUCACGGCUGGGAGACCCCGAGCCUGAUGGGGCUUCUGGCAUGGGGACCACCCUGGUACUGCUGCUCUGUGCUUCCCUGUCCCCUCCAGCCCUGAAGGGUGACACCUGCUCACCAUCCUACUCCUCCUGCGGUGACACCUGUGCACUAUCCUGCUCCUCCCAUGGUGACUCCUGCUCAUCAUCCCACACCUCCCUGUGCACCAGGAGGAUGCUCUACACCUAUGGUUGCAAACUGAGGGCACCUCUGCUCCACUUUGGGGAAAAUUUGCCCCCAGAUGGGCUGAACACCUCAGCCUGGGCUCCAGGCUCCCUCCACCCCAUCUCAGGGGGCUCUGGGUUGGAGCAGGGGCUUUUGCAGCCCUGGAAAGAAGCCCUGCUCACUUGGAGCCCUCCCCAGGGCCACAGGGAAAGAAAUACCAGCACGUGUUGGGCAGCAUUUCAGGGCUCUGCAGGGUCCCUGCGCACACUCUCAUCUGUGCUGGGAGAGAUGCUGCCAGAAGGUAAAGGGACAAAAACCCAAAACCAGACCCUGAGGGGAUGGAUCCCCCCUUUCUGGGGGAGACUUACCUGCACCAGGAUGGCAGGAAAUUUUUUCUCCCCUUGGCACCCCCAUCAAGCCAGGUUUUUGGCAAGUAUUUCUGCAGGGCGUGCUUGUUCCCACCCCAUCUUUCCAGCAGGGAAAGGGCACAGGAGAGUGAGGCAGAGCUGCAAAAGCCACAACUUGACUGAGUCUGGAGCGGACAGUGUGGGGGUCCCACACGCAUUGAGGCUGUGGCGCUUUGCCCUAUUCCCUUGGGAGCCCCAGCAGCACCCACUCAUGUGCUUUAAGCCCCAGCAGCAGCUCCGAAACACCUCGUGCCCAGCUCUGGAGGGUGCCAGGGCACAGGGACACCUUGCCCAGCCUUCCCCGGGCCGUUAUGUCUAGCUGAACCAGGAACAGCUCAGUGCAAGACUAUUUCCCCUCUCCUUUUGGGCUGUUAUUUCAGGGAACAGGGCUGAUUCACAAGAAAAAUAUGAAAUUUUGACUCCGCGCAGCCAAGAUGGGUGAAUUUCAACGAAUCAGCAUUUUAAGAGAGCCUGGGCGUGUGUCUGUAGCUGGGAGGCUGAUGAAAUGAUUUGGGGCUUUGAGGCUGCCUCAUUAGAAACCCUCCUCUCUCCCAGGGAGCGGGGCUGAUCAUCCCUUCUGCUGGGGUUGAUUUCCUCCGGCCACGGGGAAUUAUGCCCCCGGAGCUGUAAAAUCAUUGAGACGAAGAGAUGAGGUUUGAAGCAGGAUGGGAUUUGGGCGCUUUGUGGCUGGCAGAGGCUUGGUGUCCCCCGGCUGGCACCUCAUCCCCUCCCUGUGACUUGAGCAGCAGCUGGAAGGAGUUAUCCUCCCAGGAUGGGAUCCCUCAGCUACUGGGCAGGCUCGGAGCAUCCUUUAAAUUGUCAGGGCAGCGUGUUUUGGCUGAGCUGAGCUGGAACUGGGCAAGGGUUUAGAUCAGGGUUAAUGCACAACAGUUUUUUUUCCCAGCUGGAAAAAGUGACUGGGACGAGGGGAAAAAGUGUGGUGGGCAGAGACAACCAUCCCCUGCCUGGUCCCAGUGCCUGUGCGGGGUCAGCGAUGCCCAACCCGGUCAGGGAGGAUGGAGAAAGAAACUCGUUGUGGUAUGGAAGGACUGAUUUUGGGUUUCAAGGCAGUUUUCCAGCUCCUGUUGGCCUGGGCUACCCCAGCACCGCAGAACUGGGCUGCUUUUAACUGGACGCCCUGAAAUUUCUGAGAAUUUAAAAUAAAAAAAUCCUACCCUUACCCUUGAGGCAUUCCCAGAGUUUGUGUUCACCCGAGGGACACGUGGCUGCGGGUGAUGUUUUCCAGCCUUCCCACGGUGUAACGAAACGCCCUGUCCAUGCUCAGCAUCCCUCGCUGGAUGCUUC